CUUCCGUAAACAGUCAUGCUUCUCCGUGCGAACUUCGGAGUAGGUUGACUAGCAAUAAUUUUAUUCAAACAUUUUAUUCUACCUUUUCUAUCGCGUCAGCAGAUUCAUAUUAAAUUAGAGGUACAAUGAGCGUCAAUCAGCUUUUGAUAAUGGUUCAUAUCGGUAGGCUGGGUCUUCACGGCCAGAUGUCAUGUGGACCACAAAACAACAGCUCGCCUGGUCAAGUCUUGAGUUCUACUUGCCUAAUAAUGUGAAGAAUUUCACAAAUUGUAAGCGCACACCCAUAGGUACACUUGUAGGUAUAAUAUUACUCUGAGUUAUCUGUUAAACGGCGUGCCCUCAUGACAGUGACCGCAGGGGAACUCUGUGUGACUGUUAUUAUUUGAGAAAAUAUGCAAAACUUUCGGAGUUUAGGCCGUCUAUGUAGGGUAUUUGAUUCUAGUUCUAGUCGCCCUGGAUUUUAUUUCGGCACUGCUCUACUAGCCGCCUUAAAUGUGCUGGUGUGGCUCAGCGGUUAUCCAGCGAGCCUCACCCUGGGACCCGGUGGAGAGUUUCCAACUUUGAGAGAGUUGACUUUGUACGCGUUCAGCCAUGAGGACCUAAUAUCCCUUGUUUGGAACACCUUUCUUCUGGUGUGGCCGGGGCUAUGGCAGGAGCAGCGGUGGGGCACCGUGUCCUUUCUAUCCCUGGCCCUGCUCUCUAUGCUACUCCUGCCCCCGCUCUACACCGUGGCCCUCUUCAUCACGGCCGAUGAGACCAGCAGAAUCAGCGGCUCCUCCGCCAUCCAGCUGGCCCUGCUCACCGCUCAGAGCCAGCAGGUGAAGCAGAGGAGACUGUUGGGCUGUGUUCCUGUCUGGAUGCUGCCAUGGAUCCUCCUCAUAGUCCACUUCUUCCUGCUGCCGGGAGCUCCGGGCAUGCUACACUUCUGUGCCAUCUGUUUGGGCUACAACUACACUCCCUCGCUGAUCAGUAUCAUUCAGCGAUUUGAGGACAAAUGUCUGAUGAGCUUUCUGCCUGCCUGCGCAUACAUAUCUGCAAAAGCCAGAUUUCAGCUACCGACACAUAGAGUUCAUCAAAGAUCUGAGGGCCACAUACAGCCCAGAGUGGAGGCAUCAGACCUGGCUACAGCAGCCCAAUAUCCCUCCCCCUCUGCUCCAUCAGGGAUACAUCCCCCAUUGGACACAUUCAUGUUCGCCUCAGAGGCACAGGCUCUAGAUGAUCAGAUGUUAACGGCAGGAAUUAUGGCCUCGCUACAGUACACUACAGAGGAAGAAGAGAAAAGAAUCGAGUUGCCCAAGUCAUCUGUAUCCUCCCUGAGGCUACAGCAACUAGAGAAGAUGGGCUUUGCCACAGAGAAGGCUGUGGUUGCCUUGGCAGCCUCUCCACAGCUGGAUGGAGCCAUCUCCCUGCUCAUCAACGGGCAGGUUGGUGAAGAGGCAGUGGUGACAUCCAACAAGAAGAAAAGUCACCCUUAAGAUUAUUGUAUAUUUA